GAGUCACUUCCUGGUCAGGUUAAGUAAACAGAAGAAAUGGCAGCUUUAGACGAAAUACAACGUCUUGAAUAUUUAUCUUUGGUGUCGAAGGUGUGCACGGAGCUGGAGAAUCAUCUGGGAAUAAGCGAGAAAGAUCUGGCUGAAUUUAUCAUCAGUUUGGCAGAAAAACAUCCAACAUUUGAGAAGUUCAAAGCAGCUCUGUGUGAAAAUGGAGCAGACUUUUCUGACACGUUUAUUGGUAAUUUACUCAGACUUAUUCAGACCAUGCGACCCUCACCAUCUACAAGUAAAGCUCAUCAGACGGAGCUCAGGCCGAAGAGUGAGAAGGACAAGCUGAAGGAGAAAUAUCCUGCGUUAUGUAGACCAGAUGAUCCAGUGUGGACGAUCCCACCACGACACACAGAUACAGAUGAGCAGGUGGCAGCAGCAGCCAUGAAGGAGCUGGAGAUGCUCAUGCCAAACGUCUGUGGAACCAGCUCUGAUAACAGAUCAGACGGGAAUUUGCACAGUGACAGAAGUCGAGACACAAACAGACAAAUUGGACUUAAGCAAAUUCAUCCUCGCUCCAGUUCACAAGAUCGUGAUGGAGAAACAAACCCUCCACGCAAAAGGAAGCGAGUGUCUCGCUGGAGUGACCAUCCGCCAAGCCCUCACAGAGACGAUGGGAACAACAAGAAGGACGACAGAGACUCUGACCACUGUCGCGACAGACUUGUGGAUCGCCCUCCUCCAGAGGAGCCCGUUGUGGGCGACAUCUACACCGGCAAAAUCAGCAGCAUCAUGCAGUUUGGCUGUUUUGUGCAGCUGGAGGGCCUCAGGAAACGUUGGGAGGGUCUGGUGCACAUCUCAGAGUUGCGCAAAGAAGGACGUAUAGCCAAUGUGGCUGACGUGGUCGCCAAAGGUCAAAAGGUGAAGGUCAAAGUGCUGUCGUUCACUGGGACCAAAGCCAGCCUCAGCAUGAAGGAUGUGGACCAGGAGACAGGGGAGGACCUGAACCCAAACCGGAGAAGAAACAUUGAGCCUGUAGUCAGAGACGAAGCCUUGAGGAACCCCGACCGUCCAAUUGAAGCCAGCAUGCUUGAAUUAGAGGAAGACCCAUCAGAGCGCAAACGGCUCACCAAAAUCACCGACCUUGAAAAAUGGGAAAUUAAACAGAUGAUUGCAGCCAACGUCCUUCCUAAAGAGGAGUUCCCAGAAUUUGACGAGGAGACGGGGAUCCUUCCCAAAAUAGAUGACGAUGAAGAUGAAGACAUAGAGAUCGACCUGGUGGAAGAGGAGCCACCGUUUCUGAGGGGACAGACGAAAUGGACCAUGAACAUGAGCCCGGUGAAGAUAGUGAAGAAUCCAGACGGCUCUCUUUCCCAAGCAGCCAUGAUGCAGAGUGCUCUUUCUAAGGAGAGGAGGGAGCUGAAGCAGGCCGCUCGUGCAGCAGAGUUGGACUCCAUCCCCACUGGUCUCCACAAGAACUGGAUCGACCCGAUGCCUGACUAUGAAGGAAGGCAGAUUGCCGCCAACAUGAGAGGCAUUGGCGCUAUGCCUAUCGAUCUCCCAGAAUGGAAGAGAUACGCCUUCGGGGGGAACCAGGUGUCAUAUGGCAAGAGGACAGAGCUUUCCAUCCUGCAGCAGAGAGAGAGUCUGCCUAUUUUCAAGCUGAAGGAACAGCUGGUUCAGGCUGUCCACGACAAUCAGAUCUUGAUUGUAGUUGGAGAAACUGGCUCCGGUAAGACCACACAGAUCACUCAGUACCUGGCGGAGGCAGGUUACACCUCCCGGGGCAAGAUUGGCUGCACGCAGCCCCGUCGUGUGGCCGCCAUGUCAGUGGCCAAGAGAGUCUCUGAGGAGUACGGUUGCCGUCUGGGACAAGAGGUGGGUUACACCAUUCGUUUUGAGGACUGCACCAGCACUGAGACAGUAAUCAAAUACAUGACCCAUGGUAUGCUGCAAAGGGAAUGUCUGCUGGACCCAGACAUGAGUCAGUACUCCCUCAUUAUGCUAGAUGAGGCCCACGAGAGAACAAUCCACACCGAUGUGCUAUUUGGCCUUCUCAAGAAGACGAUACAGAAACGCAAAGACAUGAAACUGAUCGUGUCCUCUGCCACUCUGGAUUCUGUCAAGUUCUCCCAGUAUUUCUUUGAAGCUCCCAUCUUCACCAUCCCAGGAAGAACUUUCCCUGUGGAGAUCCUCUACACCAAAGAGCCUGAGACAGACUACCUGGAUGCCGGUCUCAUCACAGUCAUGCAGAUUCAUCUGACCGAGCCCCCAGGUGACAUCCUGGUGUUUCUGACUGGACAGGAAGAGAUCGACACGGCUUGUGAGAUCCUGUAUGAGAGGAUGAAGUCACUGGGGCCUGAUGUUCCUGAAUUGAUUAUUCUGCCAGUUUACUCGGCCCUGCCCAGUGAGAUGCAGACCAGGAUCUUUGACCCUGCACCGCCAGGCAGCAGAAAGGUCAUCAUUGCCACAAACAUUGCUGAGACGUCUCUCACUAUUGAUGGAAUCUACUAUGUGGUGGACCCCGGCUUUGUUAAACAGAUCGUGUAUAAUUCCAAGACGGGCAUCGACCAGCUGGUGGUGACUCCCAUCUCACAGGCCCAGGCCAAGCAGAGGGCGGGCCGAGCCGGCAGAACCGGUCCAGGGAAGUGUUACAGACUCUACACUGAGAGAGCCUACAGAGACGAGAUGCUGACGACCAAUGUGCCUGAGAUCCAGAGAACCAACUUGGCCAGCACUGUGCUGUCUCUGAAGGCCAUGGGUAUAAAUGACCUCCUGGCAUUUGACUUCAUGGACGCUCCCCCAAUGGAGACUCUGAUCACAGCCAUGGAGCAGCUCUACACUCUGGGGGCUCUGGAUGAUGAAGGCUUACUCACACGUUUGGGCAGAAGGAUGGCUGAGUUUCCUCUGGAGCCCAUGUUGUGUAAGAUGUUGAUCAUGUCCGUCCACCUGGGCUGCAGUGAAGAGAUGCUCACCAUCGUGUCAAUGCUGUCUGUGCAGAACAUCUUUUACAGACCAAAGGACAAACAGGCCCAGGCUGACCAGAAAAAGACAAAGUUUUCCCAGCUCGAGGGAGACCACCUGACCCUGUUGGCUGUCUACAACUCCUGGAAGAACAACAAGUUCUCCAACCCAUGGUGUUUCGAGAACUUCAUCCAGGCCCGCUCCUUAAAGAGAGCUCAGGAUAUACGCAAGCAGAUGCUCAGCAUCAUGGACAGGCACAAGUUGGACGUGGUGUCAUGUGGAAAAGCAACAGUGCAAGUCCAGAAAGCUAUCUGCAGUGGUUUCUUCAGGAACACUGCCAGGAAGCACCCUCAUGAUGGGUACCGUACCCUGAUUGACCAGCAGGUGGUGUACCUCCACCCCUCGAGUACUCUCUUCAACCGCCAGCCAGAAUGGCUUGUGUACCACGAGCUUGUGCUGACCACCAAGGAGUAUAUGCGGGAGGUGACCACCAUCGACCCUCGCUGGCUGGUGGAGUUUGCGCCGGCCUUCUACAGAGUCGCCGACCCCACGCGUCUCAGUCGGCAGAAGAGGCAGCAGAAACUGGAACCACUGUACAACCGUUAUGAGGAACCCAACGCCUGGAGAAUCUCACGUGCCUUCAGACGACGUUGAACUCUUCCUGUGAAGUGCAUACUGAUCAAACUUGCUCAUGGCUGAGAGACAAAUAUUUAUAUAUAUGUGUUAUAUAUUCAACUGGACAAAUGGUAAUUAAAUUGUGUUGUUGGAAAUAUCCUUCAGUAAGAUUUAAUUUUGCCUUGUUACUGCAAUGAUCACAUGUUAACACUGAAGUUAACAUUUUCUCUAUUGUAUUUUCUAUGAAAAUAAAUGUAGAUUUCUUUUUAAAAAUUGCAGUCUGUAAUGUUUGUUGUCCUUGCAG